UCCAUUGUUGAUAUAUUUGGCCCAAUUGACGAUUUCUUUAUUAUUAAUCAAACCCCAAACGACCUGCCCAACAUACAAGCAGCUUCUCCCAGUCUUCAAGUCUGACCUUAUUCAUUCUCAUUCUGUAUAUAUAUUUGUAUAUGCCUCUUCGUUUCUUACAAGUUCCAUGAAAACCAUUCACUCAUAUUAGUUUUACCUGUACAUUUGCUAGGAAUUAGGUAUAGAAUUAUAAAGGUCCAUUUUCUCUCAGGGAAGUACCACAAACAAACAAAAAAGAGGAAGAAAAAACAUAUAUGAUUUUCAGUGUAUAUUAUAUCACCAUGGAAGACACAUCAUCAACAAAUAGAUCAUCGUCUUUCCCAUUGUGGAUUUUGGUGGAUGUGUUUCUAGUCCACAAAAUUUCCAAUUGGGUAAAUUUUAUACAUAAGUUUGUCCCAAGAUUCCAUUCUUUUCUCCAAUCGAAACUAGAUUUUGGCAACUCGAAGGUUCGGUCCGUGAAAAGCACCAGCAGCAGCAACAGCAGCUUUGAGGAGGAGUUGAGCAUCAACAACCACCAGCAGGUUCUUGAGGAUAAGAAAGAUGUCGAUGUGAAAUUGAGCAGAGAAGAUGUGACGAUGGUGAUGGAAACUCUUGGGAUUUUUUGCAGCCCAGAAAGCAAGGAACUGCAAGACUGGUUCAGUUCCAAUAACCUUCCAGGGCUGUUUGAAGAGGAACCGAGUUUGAAGGAGGUCAAGGAAGCUUUUGAUGUUUUUGAUAAGAACGGAGAUGGUUUCAUUGAUGCAGAGGAGCUGCAGAGAGUUCUCAGUUUAUUGGGUCUGAAGCAAGGAUCUGAUAUUGAAAACUGCAAGAGAAUGAUUAGGAGUUUCGAUGAAAACAGAGAUGGAAGAAUAGAUUUCAACGAAUAUGUAAAACUUAUGGAGGCCAGCUUUUGCUGAAUUCCUUUUUUCUUCGUUCUGAGAGCUAUUCGAAGAUGCAAUAAAAUUUACAAUAUCGGUUCAAUAUUCUUUCUUC